UCAAAGGGGAAGUAUCAUAUGUUUCUGACACCAUUGUAAUGGGAUAGAUUCCAGUUGUUAUGUUUUUGAUUCAGUUGGCUGUAUGUCAUGUGCUUAACAGUACUGAAGGGAUGAAGAGAAGCACUUUAUUUUUUUCUGUUCCUAUAAAAACAAAGUCUGAUCCAUAAAGAGAAGACAAAGAGUAAAGCAAAUGAAUUCAUGGGCACACUUGGUAAUGUCAUCAAAGGUUUUUUAAACCUAGAAUUCAGUAGCAAAUAAAUUAUUUGUUUUCAAGAGAUAAUAGAACAAGAGUGGCCUCUUAGGAAGAUACCCAAGUAUUUAAAGCUUCCAGUCCUCCCAGUUUGUAAUCUGGAGUAAAGCAAUACAGGAGUUUGCCUAGAGCAGUAACAAACCUAAUGUAAACUAUUUUGUUCUACAUUAGAUCCUCAGACUGCUUUUCUAAUAAAAUUGAGGACGAAAUCUGUGGUUCAGCAACAGAUCAAGGGCUGACACAAUGGAGUUGUCCUUUUUCAGUUGUGAAGAAGAUUCAACAUCAGACUGGCCAUUCUGGUUCGAUGAGGAGUCGACUGACCAGCUCUCUGCUCCGUCAGGAAGUUUUGUAGAUAACUAUUCUUAUCUUGCAGGUGAAGGGUCUUCUGGGAUGCCUACUACUAGUCAAUCCUUAUUUCUAGAUGUGCAAAUACCACUCCUAGACUUAGGUGGGCAGAUUCAGCCGUUUGAGGGUAGUGCUGAAUUGGACAGCUCCUUGUUGGUUCAAUCCGAUGAUAGUGAUUUACAGCAUAAAUUUCAUAGAUUCCCUCCUGCUCAUCCUUACAGUAUACAACGACAUGCUGCCAACAUUAGAGAAAGAAAGCGGAUGCUCAGUAUCAACUCUGCCUUUGAUGAACUCAGAGGCCAUAUACCUAUGUUCCCUUAUGAAAAGCACCUCUCCAAAAUUGACACCCUGCGACUGGCCAUUGCAUAUAUUGCACUGCUUAGUGAUAUCUUGACUUCAGGAUCCGACCCCAAAUCCUAUGUGCAGAAAUGUAUGAAAAAUGGAUAUAAGGGUAAUCAGGAUGCAAUCUGGAACACAAGUGAUCUAAUAGCCCGCUUGUCCUGGGUGAAAUGGAAUUAAGAGAUACCCUGUAUACAAGGGAGUGGGAAAGGAUCUUCUUCAAAGGAUUUGGCAGCUUUACACCAUCAGUCACAUUCCCAUCAUCCAUAAAAGUACAAUCGUGAUUUUAUUUCUCUUAGAAUUCAUUGGAUCUGGACAUGAACAACUAGCAGUGCUUGUACAAAUACCAGGGUAAAUGCAUCUCCAGCUUAUGCCACUUUAAUGCAUAAGCUGACCUGUCUGAACCUAUCUCCCUUUAUGAUCCAGUACAAUUGUUAAAAUCUUUUGGAGAAGCCCUGCUCUCAGUCCCACCCCAUCACAGGAGCAAUUGAUGGGAAUGAGAGACAGGGCCUUCUUGGUGGUGGCCCUUUGGCUGUGGAAUUCCCUUCCCAGUAACAUCAGAACAACACCCUCACUCUUAAGCUUUAGGAAACAAAGCUCAGCUGGUACUAGACCUCUGAUAUGUUUUAAUCAUCUGAAAUAUUAUUUAUAAUUGAUAUGUAUAUGUUUUUAUAGUUUUUAAUAUUGUGUUUUACUGUUAUUGUUAUUGUCUGAAUCUGGCAUUGAAUUAUUGCUUGAAUCCCCCUACAGAAGUGGGAAGGGUGGGGUAUAAGUUCAGCAAAUAAACAAAGAAAUAAAUGCUCAUUUUAAAUGUAUCGAAAUGUGUUUUGGCAUCAUGUCUAAAAAAAUGGAAUAAUCUUAGCUGAUUAUCUUCAUAAUGGUAGGACAAUGAGGUACAUGUUCUAAAUGUUUAGAAACUGGAAGCCAAAAUGCUAAUAGUAAUACAAAGUUUGUUCAUAAAAAACUGAUAUCAUAGGCUAGAACCCACCACCUUAAUAGAGCCCUGGUGUGCCUUCCAUGGUCAGUAUGUCACAGUAUCUUUUGAUUUCCAUUGAUUCAGCUACAUAUAGUGUUGCCCCUCUCCCCCAUGUACAUGAAUUUUGCACCCACAGAUUCAACCAUCCAUAGCUGUCAUAAUUUCCGAUGCUUACAAGUACAUCUGGACUUCUAGGCCAUCCAUAUACUGCUGUUAAUGUUGUUGUGUGACUUCAAGACAUUUCUGACAUAC